UGAGCAGUCAGACAGGUCAGACAGGUGAGCAGGUAAUCAGGUCCCCAGGCAACAGGGAGAGUGGAAGGAGUCCACACACACAGAGACAGAGAGACAGUAACACCCAGGAGGGGAAAACUAAAAACUACUGACUGUAACAGGCUGAUAAUAAGAAUUUCCUGUUAGACUUAUUUUGAAACGGUCAUGAUCAUAUCAUUGUGUGGGUGUGUCAGAUACAGUGUCAGGAAGCAGCACUAUAGAUGAAUUUGAAUGUACUCAGGAAAUGUGUCUCUCAGGAAAUGGAUACUUCCCGACUUCUCUUCUUCAUCGUCAUGGUGAUCACUGCAUCUGAAUGUUCAGUGACAGCCACACUCCAGUGUAAGAACUCUUUCAUCGACUCAUUUAAGCUUCUUGAAGGUGAAGCAUUUUAUUUUGUGCCCUUAACACUGACUGAGAGCAACGUCCCUGAUGAAGAGUUCACGUGGCGCAAAAAUAACUCCCAGAUUGAGAUCUCCACUAAUGAGAACGAGACAGUACAUUACCAUGGUGGUGCACUCUUUUUCUUAAACCUCAGCUCUGAGGACUCUGGCUUGUACACUGGCCGACAUAAGAGGCCAUCAGGAAACUGUAAAAACUAUCGUGUAAAAAUUGAAGUCUUCAAAGCAAGCCAUGCAAUGGAUGAGGCACUGCUUUUUGGAACAACCCCCAACUCUGCCGUGAACAAGAAGGUCAGAUGUCCAGAUCCGGUCAGCGACACAUGCAAGAUGUUCAAUGGAACAUGGAGCUGGAAGAAGGACUCCAAACUUCUUCAAGGUGAAGAUAAAGAUACUGUGUGGGUGCAUAAUGCUUCCAAAUUUGAGGAGGGCAUCUACACUUGCAUUUGUACCUGGAAACACAAUAACAAGGUGUACAAGUCGUCAGGCUCCAGGAGGCUAGUAAGUAAAGAACUAAUAAACCACAAUAAACCAGAAAUAAUCUCUCCCACCGACAAGGAACUGUUUGCUGAUGAAGGCUCUGGGAUCAAGCUGAACUGCUCGGUUUUCUGUGGGACCAACGUGGAACGUCACUGUAACACUAGCUGGGAAUUAAAUGGAAUCACUUUCAACAAGACUGAUGGAUACAGUCAAACUACCACCAUAACCAAGAAGCCUUCAAAGAAUACCAUCUCCACUGCCGUCCUGACCAUUGACAAAGUGUCAGCUAAAGAUUUCCAGACUGAAUUUAAAUGCAUCGGCAAGGGCCUUCAUGAAAUCAGUUCAUCAGCUUUAACUCUGAAGCCGAGAGAGUCAAUAAUUCCACUUGUCAUUAAAGGAGUGUGUAUGGUGAUCUUCUGUGUGCUUGCCACCGUGUUGGUCAAGUACUUUGCUAUCGACCUCACGCUCUUAUUCAGAUCGUACCUCCCACACAGGAGUCAGACUGACGAUGGGAAGGUGUACGAUGCCUACGUGGUCUAUCAAGUGCAGAGCCUGGACAUGGACACUGAGGAGACACUCUGUCAGUUCGUCACAAAGAAUUUGCCCUCCGUCCUCGAGGAAAAGUGUGGCUACCGACUCUUUAUCCACGGAAGGGAUGACAUACCUGGGGAAGACCAUCUGGAGCUGGUGGAGGACCGCAUGCAGCAGAGCAGGAGGCUGAUGCUCAUCCUCACCCCGGGAUCAGGAUCAGGAUCAGGAUCAGGAUCAGGAUCCAAGAUCACAGACCAACGCCCUACAUCGCCCCAAAACUCAGUAAUAGGAGGGUUUAACUGGCAGGUGGGGCUCCACCACGCGCUGAUCCAGAGGGAAAUGAAUGUGAUUCUGAUACAGCUGGGAGACACUGGGCCAGAAGGAUACACACACCUCCCCCCUGGCUUGCAGCACCUGAUUCGCAAGAGCGCCCCCCUUAGGUGGCCAGAGGGUUCGCGGGGCGCUGCCGCGUGGAACUCACGCUUCUGGAAGAGAGUGCGAUACCUGAUGCCUGCCAUACCUGCCAUGAAAUGUACAAAGUCUGCUAUUAUUUAAAAAUCCGGAUGGACUUUGGUUACAUGAAAGAUACGCAGCAUGUGCCGAAAAAGGAAACGCACACCAGUCCCAUCACAGCCUUUUUACAGAUGUGUGGGGAAAAUCACAGGCAUUUUGACAGUUACAUGUCAAAAUGAUGCAGAUACAGUCGUGUGUUUACUGUAGCUUCAAGGAUCUGUUCAGUCCUCACAUCCUUAUUACCCCACACUGUAUAAAAUAUAGAAAUAAAUAUUCACAGAGGAUAAAAUAGAAAAACAUAAACUAUAAAUUAUCCAUAAAUAUAAAUAUGUAGAGCAUAAGAAAGUAAAUAAAGGGUGUGUCUACACCAUUAUACAUCUGGCAAAAGUGAAGACAUUUGGGAGAUGUCCUCUUAAAUUUUAAAACGAAAUACGUUUUAAUAUUUAUCAAAAAAGUAAUCAUGAGAGUGCACUGGAAGGAUUUCAAACAUUUGACCUUUAUAUUAAGAGAUUGAAAAAAAUGUUUAAUUGUCAUCAACUAGCUGAAUUUGUAUUGUUUUCUCUUGUAACAGGGUCUCCAACAAGAGCUUAUAAUACGUUAAACUGGUGUAAAGGCUCUAGACUAUAAGUAGGUCAGCCUAACAAUCCUAAGGUCCUCCGGCUUUCCACUUCAGCUCAAGUAUAACAUUCUGGAAAUUUCAUGAAUGUUUUUUGUUGUCGUAAAAACCAGUAAUGCCGUGGCAAAAUAUAAGCUGUAUAUAUUUAUUUCUUCUGAAGCUUUUCCAUUUUUUGUCUUCAUUGAAAGGUGAGUAGACGUACUGUAUCUUUCAAAGAAACCUGCAUGAGAAACUACUUAAGACAGCAGUGUUUUGUAUAGAAGUGUAUCAUUUGUUGCAAGAAUGCUAUUUGAAAAGGGAUUGUUAGAUUUAGUUUUCUUUCAUUUCAAGUGAGAUGUUGAACUCCAUGUUGACACAAUGAGCCAGAUUCUUCAUCAAGCAUUUUGCAAAAACUGUAAUAUCCACAAUAUUAAACUUACUUGAUGAGAUGAAGGUCUGUGUUUCCGUUGGAGCAGGGAGAAUGUGUAAAUGGAGGAGUGAAGUGCAUGCAACUGUUAAGUGUGAUAUGUGUAACAAAAAUAAAG